GACGACUCCAUUUUGGUUGGCUCGUUGAAGUCUGUCUAUUGUGUUAUCCGUUUGCCAACGCUGGAUCCCAAUAUCUCAGAAUAUCCGGAGAAGUUUUUGAAUUUUCCACAUGCAGUUGGCUUCCCUUCCAAAACUCCAAUGAACAGGAUGCCUUCUGCGGUUGCGAGUGGUGGGUCUCAGCCUCUCCAUAUGCAACCAGUUCACUCAGGCCCGGUGAUAUCAAGUUCUCUAAAUUUGCCAAACACCCUCCCACCUGGAAUGCUCCAUUCGGGUCAUGGUAUCCAAAUGUCUGGUCCUCAUGACCGUGAGCCUGCUACACCAGCUUCAGGUUCUGGACCAAUACCAGGCCAUUAUUUCUCCACUCUUGGUAUGAAUCCUGGUUCCCCUCAUCCUAUCCCAAAUAUGGUCCCACAUGGUCAUCCUAGCCAGUUCCAUCACCAUCCACUACUAUCAUUGAAUCGACUACCGCAUUUGAUAGGUCAACCAGAGCUACGGAUAUUUGAAAUGAAUAAGCGAUUACAACAGCGCAGCGACGACUGUGAUAGUUUGUGGUGGGAGUCAUUUGCUACUGACUUUUUUGAAGAUGACGCAACACUUACUCUUGCCUUUUUGACGGAAGAGGGUCCAAAAAGUUACACAAUCGGGCGAACGCUCAUUCCUCGUUAUUUUCGCAGUAUAUUUGAAAGUGGAUGCGGUGAACUUUAUUACAAUCUUAGAUUGAACCAUGAAUAUUUUCAUCAUCCAAUUUUAACUCUGGAUUCAGAAUCUGCAACGAUGACUAUGACUAUGGUUAGAUCUAUUCCUGUUACGGUUGUUGUGGAAGGUCGAUUAACACUCGAUUUCGCUUUUGAUGAUUUAAUGAGGAUUCGGUCGUGGAUUUUUCUCAUCCGAACUCAUCGUGAAAUGAUAAUGCGCUCAAUGCUUGGCAUUCAAGACCCAGCUUUUUUAGAUCAACUAUCCAAGAACAUUACCAGAUACGGCAUGACAAAUACCACCCUCAAUUUCUUCCGAUUAUGUAUAAUUCUGGAACCAAUGCAAGAACUGAUGUCGCGUCAAAAGGCAUAUAGUCUUACACCCCGUGAUUGCCUUAAAACCACUUUAUUUCAGAAAUGGCAGAGAAUGAUGCCCCAAGAAGCUACACGCCAACCUAGCAAACGACGUAAGCGUAAAGGUAGUUCAGCAACAACUGAAGGUGCAAAUAAUACAAGUCGAACAUCAAAGCGCAAACAGUCACCUAUUCCGCUACAAUCCCAUCAUAUUGCUCAACCUGGGGAUGUGAUGAUUGUUGGUGAACCAACUCUUAUGGGUGGGGAUUUUGGUGAUGAGGAUGAACGUUUGAUAACUCGAUUAGAAAAUACUCAGUAUGAUGCCGUGGCUGCUGCUGCAGCCAAUUCAGGCGUUAUGGCUUCGCAUAUAAAUUCUGGCCCUUUUCCCGGCUCUGGCGAUUCUCCUGCUGGUAUCAUAUCUUCCCCAUUAGGUUUAAGUUCAGGAGGAAACAUGUUAAAUUCUAACCAACCACAGCAACAAAUAAACUCCCUUCAGUUUCGUGCGGGUCCAAUGUCUUCAGGUGGAUCAAAUCAGAGUAUGCCACAUGAAGGUGUUUUUCCCGGUAAUCUUACUUCUUUGCAACAGAAUCAACCAGUUUCUAUGCCUCCUAGUCAAUCGUUUUAUUCAAGUUCAGCGCCAAAUAGAAAUUUGCAUCAUCACUCUCAAAUGAUGGGACAACAAUUUAUGCCAGUAUUUACCAAAGCCCAAAUGUCAGCUUCUAAUAUGCUUAAUAGAGGUGAUCACUAUAUGCCAUCAGGAAAUGGAGAUGCCAUGCAUCAACCAACUCGGUCAAGUAGUGCUUCGUCUUUAGUUGACGGUACAAAUGGUUUGAGUGGGUUCCCUCACUGUGCCUCUCCCAGUCUUCUUCCCUCAAGACCUCCUGCACGUUUCACCCCGCCUUCUCUUCCGAAUGGGUUAAGUUCUUCGGUUGUAUCAUCUCAACAGUCAAGCUUUAUGAUGCCAAAUGAAGUGAUGGGCAGUGGAGGUACGCAAAUGGGACAUGUCUCUGUUCCCGGUACCCCUUUGACUUCUCCACUGACCUCCUCCUCUUUUGCAAUGGAUAUGAUGGAUAAUCAAAAUGUUCUUCAUUCUGCACCCUCAACUUUGAUUUCUACAACUAUCAAGUCAAAUAAUUCUCCUAUGCUGUACAAUUCAAUCGGAACAAGCUGUAGUGGAAAUCAGUCGACUCCAGAGUCUAUAAUGCACCCGACAAUAAGUGGUAUAGGAUGCGAUGUUUCUUCGGCUGUGAUGAAUGAUAAUGAAGAUCUUAAGAUGAUUAAUAAUAAUGGCGCACCCUCACGUCCCACUGCUGCUGAAUCAAUGUGAAUUGAGAUCUCUGGAAGAAAGCAUCACAAUGGAGCUAUACUGCAUUUUACAAAGUGGAUAUAAUUUCCAUUUUUCCACUGGCUAUCAAGCGAAACUAAUUACGAACUUUGCACAAAGAUAAACGAUACUCUACAACUCCAACUGAUCCAUCCAAACAAUAUCUUGUUCAUUGGUAUUUUUUUGUUCAACGACUAAUUAUUCACUAAGCAUAUAUAUAUAUAUAUAUAUAUGCCAAAUCGUGAGCUCAUUUUCUUCUACAAAUGUCUAAUUUACAACCUCUUUCAUUGCCAAAUAAGUAACUAUUCCUUUCUCUACACUUCCCCAAAUCUUCAGUAAUUCUACUUCAUAUUUUCAUUUGUACAUAUUUUUUGCAUAUGUACCCAUGAAUAUAUAUAUAUAUAUAUAUAUAUAUAUAUAUAUUCAGAUCGUUUCUUGUAUGUUAUAAUUAUAUUUGAAUAUUUGAUUCCAUUUGAGAUCUUCAAUUAUCCUUGUUAUUGACAACUUGACAGUUGGGGUAUUCUUUUAUGCAUCAGUCCAGAUUUUCAACCCAUUUCAGUCCCAGAAGACCUUUAGUUCUGGUGACAUUUUGUCGGUUAGGCAACAAACGUAAUAACGUCCAACUGCUACGUCAAUCCAUUACCCUAGUUCUUUUGUCAAGACUUAGAUUCACUUAGUUUAUGUCCUGAUCAAAUGCACUGGUAUCUGUCUUUUUGGUUAACCAUACAUAUUAUUUGCGGUCUGUCGUUGUUUGUCUCUACUGCUGUAUACAUACAUAUACAAAAGUUGUUUUUCUUGUCGAUAUUAUUUCUGAGGGUUUCGCCUAACCAAUAAUAUAUUGAUCGUAUUUGAAGAAUGUUAUGAAUUUGAAGGUGUAUUAACCUUAACAGACUAUUUGCUCAUUCAGUAAAAAUAAGUCCCAGUGCAAGGAAUUCGGUUAAAAUGUAUAUCUUGUAACAACAGUUGACAGGUACAACCGCAAAAUCUUUACAUUAAAACAAUUUUCUUAUGACAAGAAGUAAGAUCAGAAGUGUUAAAAUCUUUUUAAAAUGCAAUUUAAACUCCUAAUGAGCUGAGUGAUAUAUCUCAUAAUCGUUUAUUGUUGUAUAUUGAACCAUAAUCAACACGUUUAUCUGUUAAUCCUAUCGGAUCGUAUAAGCCAAGAACUACAUUUAGUUUCUUUAGGCUAACACGAUGAUGGGUAUUUUUAGUUUCAGAUAUUUGAACUAUCUAAAACCAUAUUCAUUGACAUGUUUCAAUUUCCUUUUUGUACCUGAUGGCACAAUUCAAAUAUAUUCACUUUUUUAAAAGUUCGGUUUAAUAUGACUGAUGCAUUGAUCAUAAUCUUUGAAAAACUGGUAGUUGUUGAACUAAUGAGAUAUUACUACUUACAGGAGGGAGUGUUUUUUUCUGACUAACACUUGCAUCAAUUAAAUAUAUGUAUAUAUAUUAUAUAUUACAGGAUAUAUUUAAAUAGUCCGUUUGUUGUUAUAUGUAGGAACUCUUUGUCCAUUCCAUCUCAAACCAUUGUGUAUAUUCUGUCCAACAAUGGUUUUCAGCGAGUGUAUGUUGCCUGUAUAUAAGUAUCUCAACAACAAUUCGAAAUUAAGCUUUAUCCUAAUUACUAAAGAGACGUCUCUAUUUUCGUACGUUUUUCGAGCCUUAACUGUAUUGUUAACAGUAUAUAAAGGUGAUAUGUUGGUAAUGUUAUCUUGUGGAACAAUACAACUGACACACUACGAGAAAGCAUGAGUAGCUAACUGAUAAUUUAUGGAUCCAACUUCAAACUAAUCAUUUUACGAGUUCCAACUUUGUUUAUCUACUUUUGUUUGUUUCAAGACAAUGUAUUCCAAGUGUCAUUCAAAUCACGUACAUAGACAUAAUUCUCUUCAAUAGGUAUUAUCAUAUCUGGUAUUACUUCAUACCAUUCUGUUUAAUACAUUUUAUGUUUUCACAAUAAGUAACAAUUUACUGCUUAUUUAUGUAACUUCACUCAACAUUGUAGACAUUCAAGGGAAUGUAGGAUUUUUGCUUUGUUCACUAUCUUACUGGUAUCAUUUUUAAAUACACUGCAAUUUUGAUAUUUAUAAACGUGAACGAAAAACUUGACCAAAAUGAAAUUUGUUGUUGUUGUUGUUGUUGUUGAAUCUAUUGUCUGUUAACGGAACUUGUCUUAAUUUUUACCGAAUAUAAUCUUGUACAAACUUUACUGUUGUUCAUUGGUCACUUUCUAAUUUCUCAUCAAUGCCUGUCUAUCAUCUUCUUGUAUAUGUGUAUUUUGUUUGCCUACAUAAUUCAUAAAUAACAAUCCACAAUGUAUCGUCUAUGCUGGUAUGGUAUGUCUAUCUAACCAUCCUUCCCUAGUCACACACUUCUGUAUCUGUACUUAUCGAUUUUGUUUAAUACGCAAAUGUUUGUUUUCCUCUUCUCUUCCAAUGGUAUUCUUAUUUUUUUUUAAUAUCUCGAACAUUACUUUGAUUGAAUUUGAGAUAGUGGCUGGCAAUCAUUAUCCAGGGCUAGCACUUCAUCCCACGAGAAACUUCAAAUUGAUAUAACUGGUAAUGCACUAUUUGUGAGUUUAAUAGUAUUGAAAUGUAGACUUUUUAUGUCCAUGAGGACCAAGAUUCACUGUAUAUUUAAAAUAUGCAGAUUUAUAGUUCGGUAGCUGCUUGUGAUAGUGUUGUGUUAUGUAAGCUGGAUGUAAUCAUACUGUCAACUUUAACAUAAUUCUUAAGAACAAUGUUCGAUGACACAGUUUCACUUCAAUAAGUACAAAACUCUAGAGAUAUCUUAUCACGACCCGGGAGCUACUAACAU